CUGGUCAAGAAGAGGGGAAAACCCAUUCCUUGCCAAGGGGGGGAUUUCCAAGAAGUCGUUCACAUGGUGGCAGAAACAGACAAGGGCUUGGAGUGCAGAAGGAAUGUCUCAGAUCAAACCCAAUGUACUGCCUGUUUACAAAUGUACAGUGGAAAGAAGACUCAUCAAUUCUUGGAGUAUGGAAAGACCAUGAUUCACAGAGGAGAGCUCCGUAGACAUCAAAGAACACAUACUGGAGAAGAAUCUUAUAGGUGUUCAGACUGUGGCAAGAGCUACUCAGAGAAAUCAGACCUUGUUCAGCACCAAAGGAUUCACUCAGGAGAAAAGCGAUUUAUCUGCUCAGAGAUUGGAAUGGCAUUCCCUGUUGGAAGAAAGUGUCAUGUACACUCCUCAAAGCACAGUAUAAUGAAGGCAUAUAAAUGCUCAGAGUGUGGCAAGAGAUUCAGUCACAAUGGCAAUUUCCAACAGCAUCUACAAACCCACAAAAAGGAGAAAUCUUUUGAAUGCUCAGAGUGUGGGAAGCGAUUCAGUUGGAGUUGCCGUUUGCAACAGCAUCAAAGAACCCACACAGGUGAGAAGCCUUUUGAAUGCUCAGAGUGUGGGAAGAGAUUCAGUUGCAGUAGCACUCUGCAACAGCAUCAAAGAAUCCACACAGGGGAGAAGCCUUUUGAAUGCUCAAAGUGUGGGAAGAGAUUCAGUCGGAGUGACGUUUUUCAGCGGCAUCAAAGAAGCCACACAGGGGAGAAACCUUUUCUAUGCUCAGAGUGUGGGAAGAGAUUCAGUCACAGUUGUGGUCUUCAAAAUCAUCUAAGAACCCACACAGGGGAGAAGCCUUUUGUAUGCUCAGAGUGUGGGAAGAGAUUCAUUCAGAGUGCCCAUCUUCAAAAUCAUCAAAGAACUCACACAGGGGAGAAGCCCUUUGAAUGCUCAGAGUGUGGGAAGAGAUUCAGUAACAGUAGUGCUCUUCAACAGCAUCAACGAACUCACACAGGGGAGAAGCCCUUUAAAUGCUCAGAGUGUGGGAAGAAGUUCAGUUGCAGUAGCACUCUGCAACAGCAUCUAAGAACCCAUACAGGGGAGAAGCCCUUUGAAUGCUCAGAGUGUGGGAAGAGAUUCAGUCACAGGAGCAGUCUUCUAGAACAUCAAAGAGCCCAUAGAGGGGAGAAGCCCUUUAGAUGCUCAGAGUGUGGGAAGAGAUUCAGUCACAGGAGCACUCUUCGAAGUCAUCUAAGAAUCCACACAGGGCAGAAACCUUUUGAGUGCUCCUAGUGUGGGAAGAGAUUUAGUUAGAGUGACCAUCUUCAAGAACAUCAAAGAACCCCUCAGGGGAGAAGCCCUUUGAAUGCUCAGAGUGUGAGAAGAGAUUCUGUCAGUGUUCUUCAACAACAUCUAAGAACCCACAAAAAGAGAAACCAUGUAACUGUUUAGCCCAGAGUUGUCAAAAUCGUUUGUUGCAAGGGCUGGAUUGGACAUAAAUGUCACUUUGUCAGGCUCAGCCAU